GCCCGGGGUCCCCAGUGACACCUCGGGGCCCCCGCAAAGCCCCAGCCGAGCUUUCCCCGGCCGUGCCAGUCCCCCCCUCCAGCCCCGCCGGGCCGGGCACUGUAAUCCCCGUGGGGAGAGCGCAAAGAAUCGGACGGACAAGUUUUCAUGUGAGGCAGCAGCUUAGGGUGGGCUCAGGUUUCCUUUGGGUUUUCUAUAUUUAUCUCCGUGAUUUAAUGCCAGCACCGAGCAGUUGGCGCGGGGAGAGGGAGCAGCAGCAGCCCCCGAGCCGCCCAUGGAGCUCUUCGAGACCAACCCCUACUUCUUCCCCGAGCAGAGGUUUUUCGAUGGGGAAAACUUUCUGGGCUCCCGCUUGCAGGGCUACGAGCCCGCGGCGUUCCCCGAGCGCGCCGGGGCUGCCCCGGGUGCCGAGGGCAGGGUGGCUCCGGAGGAGCAGGAGGCGCUGGCCGAGCACUGUCCGGGCCAGUGCCUGCCCUGGGCCUGCAAGGUGUGCAAGAGGAAAUCCGUGUCCAUGGACCGGCGGCGGGCGGCCACGCUGCGGGAGAAGCGGCGGCUGAAGAAGGUGAACGAGGCGUUCGAGGCCCUGAAGCGCAGCACCCUCCUGAACCCGAACCAGCGGCUGCCCAAGGUGGAGAUCCUGCGCAGCGCCAUCCAGUACAUCGAGCGGCUGCAGAGCCUGCUCAGCUCCCUCAACCAGCAGGAGCGAGAGCAGCGGGACCUGCGCUUCCAGCCCGCCAUCACCUCCUGGCUGAAGAGGCAGCCGAGGAGCGCAACCUCCACUCGCUGUCUUCCAUCGUGGAGAGCAUUGCCGCAGGGGACGUGGCCGUGACGUUUCUGGAGGAGCAGGGUCAGAACUGAGCUGGUGCAAACCCCGGCAGCUCCUCGGGAGAGUAACGGGGUGGGAAUGAGGUGCCAGAAGGGUCCAAGAGCUGGAAAUCACACCCACCCCUCCGGUGCCGGGGGCUGCCCGGCUGACACCGCCGGGCUCCGUUCCCACUGCCUGCGGAGCGCUCCUGCCGGGCUGAACGGGCAGAGCUGGGAUGGGGCAGCGGCCCAAGGUCCUGGAGGGGCUCCCUGGGGCCAGGCCCUGCUCUGCUGCCCGGCCAGGGCCGGGUGGCUUUGGGGCCAAUGUGUGUGCUGGGUUGGCUUUGCUGAGUUUUCCAGAUCUCCCUGACCGAGGUCUCUCUCCGGCCGGUGUCCGGGGCUGCUGACCCGGAGCCCGCCUGUCUUUUCUACUGAACGCUGUGUGUGGUUACCAUUUAGGGUUUCUUAAUGAUUAUUUUUGCUAACUUAUUUGGAUUCUUUUUUAAAUAAAGGCAUUCUUGUUUGGA